AUGGGGUCCUUGACGAGGCAGACGGACUGGUACCGCGGUGACACGGCGAGAAACGGGGCCGACGUGGCCAAGGAAGCGUUCGACAAAGCGAUGCAAUACUUCGAGAAGGACCUCCAUGCCGACAAGAAAAGCCUGGACUGGCUGCGCAGCCAUUGGCCCGAGUCCAUGCACGAGGUGACGGAGGUCGUGGAACAGGCCAAGCAGACAUACACAACGACGAGGUCGGGGAAAGGAAAAGAGAAAGAAAGCAAGGCACACAAGUGUUUGGUGGCAUUCUCGGCACGGGUCAGGUACUAUGGCGACGUGCUCGACGUGCUCGCUCAGCAUCACCCGGAGUACGUGGCACUGGCCUGGGGGGCCUUUAAAUUCGUCUUUGUGGGAGUUCUCAAUCAUGCAGAACUGGUGGCCGAGCUGUCGGAAGCGCUCACCAAGAUUGGGGAUCUUCUCCAGCAGGUGAAGCUGGUCAUCUACUUGUACCCGGUCGACAGGAUGCGGGACGCUGUUUCAAGGCUGUAUGCGCACAUGAUCGAGUUCCUGCUCCUGGCUGCGGACUGGUACAAGAAACAUCCGAUCAAGAGGGCAUUGGAUUCCAUUAUCAAUCCCUUCCCGCUGCGAUACAAGCCCACCUUGAAGCUGAUCCAGUCUUCCUUUGACAACGUCAACCACAUCGCGAACGGGGCCAACAAGGCCGAGACCCGCGACCUCACCAUCGCCGUGCAACAGAUGCAGUCGCAGAUCACAGCCAUGGAGACGGCCUUGGUCACCAGAAUGACCGAGAUGCAAGGAAUAGGUUCGCAGACCCUAGCCGUGGUCAAAGAUCAGACCGUCCGCCUCUGCCGCAUGGAGCAGGGAGACAUUCUGACGCUUCUGACGCCAUCCCGCCUUCCAGAACAUGUCCUGUCGACCUGCAGAUCCAUUGCUCGCCGGCGUGGCCUCUGGAACCAGCCCAGCAGCGAAUCCACCAGCUUCGUCCAAGCCUUGAACAAGUGGAUCGCAUCCACCGACUCGACUUUAUUUACGGUGCGAGCCGGUCCGCGCGCCGAGGCCCGCACCAAGGACCUGGCCGUCGAGGUGACGGCACUGUUGAGCGCCGCCUGGCAUCCCGUGCUGUGGUAUCUCUCCGAACGAGGACAUCGCCAUCGCCAUCGUCAUCCCCAGGCGAGUCGAGACGUCGACGUCGACGUCGACCAAGACCUCGACCAAGACCUCAGCCUCUGCGAUAUCCUGAAGAACUUGAUCUAUCAGCUGGUGCGGCAGGACGUCGGACUAGACCCCGAUACACUAAACAUUACAAAGUUCCACAGUGCUCACUCCGAGUCCGAAUGGCUGGACCUGCUGCUUCUGCUCCUGCGCAGUGUCUGCACAUGCUACAUGGUGAUCGAGACCGAGGCUCUGUAUGAUCUCGCCGGGAAAGGGAAAGACCAAGGCUGGUCGCAGCGCCUGAUGGCCGUGUUCGAUCGCGUCGUCGAGAAUGCGAAGCCUGCUGGCUGCCUGGUCAAAGUCCUGCUCGUCACUUACUCGGACGCACCGCUUUCGCAUCGAACCAUCUCCACCACCAGCAGCACAGCUUCGAAUCACUCUCUGCCGCUGGCGGUAAACAUCCACUCGUCCAAGACGGGCUUGAUGAACAAAAGGCAACGGGUGGCGGCCAAGGCCGCGGGGAAACGAAACGGCCUGACUCGUCAACUGGCCACCGUCCACUUGGUCGAUACUACAUGA